AAAUGCAAUGCAUGCACUCAUUUGUAGACAGCGACGUAACGACGCAUCUCUCGCUGAGGAAGAGGAAAAGGACGGACAGUGAUGAUGCAGGAUCUCCCAAGAAGAAGAUCCUCAUCACCUCCACUGAUACCUCAUGGCAUUCAGUGGAGGACACUGUCCAAAGUUGCAAGAGGAAGGCCAGUGAGGAUGAUGAGCUACCUAAAAUGAGAUUUAGGUGUGGCGACAGUACCAGCACUACCGAGUCCAGUGCUAAAGUGAGGAACACGAGUUCUGAUGGCGAUGGAGGUGACGUCAGGCAGGACUCAAUAUCCUCAACUGAGGAGGAGAGAAUCUACGAACUCUCCUCCUCAGCAAACACAAACAAAGCUGAUUUCAGAAAGAAGUACUGUCAGCUCGCUCCCAUCGGCUCAGGAGGCUUUGGCUCUGUCUACAAAGGGUAUCGGAGAUCGGACCGUUUACAAGUGGCCAUCAAGCACAUUCCCUGCCGUAAAGUGAUGACAGAACGAGUGACUUGCAACGGCAGGGAAUUCUCCAUCAUUCUAGAGGUGGCCUUCAUGUUGAAAGCUGCAGGUCUACCAGGAGGACCAGUCGGACAAUCCGCUGUGGUGUCUCUGCUGGAUUGGUACAUUCUAGAUAAUAAACUAAUCCUAGUUAUGGAAAGACCAAUCCUCUCCAGGGACCUUAACACCUACCUUCGAAUCCGCGGAGGAUCCCUGGGUGAACUGGAGGCAAAGAUGAUCCUGAGGCAGUUGGUCGAUGCAGCCAUCCACAUGCACUCCAAGGGUGUGUUUCACCGGGACAUCAAGUUGAAAAACGUCCUGGUUCAAUUGGACUCUGGUUUACCAAGGGUGUGGAUUAUAGAUUUUGGCUGCGCAAGCUUCUCAACUGAGACGUCUUUCAGCUCCUUCUGUGGUACCCGCGCCUUCUUUCCACCAGAGUGGUCAGAAAUGAAUGCAUACUGGGCCCAUCCCACCACAGUUUGGCAGCUAGGGGCCAUCUUCUAUUCGUUGCUGAGUGGACAUCCGAGAUUUACCACCAGUGAUUUUGUUGGAAACCACAUUCCAAUCAACAGUGCACUGUCCACUGACGUAAAGGUUUUGCUGUACAUGUGUCUGGUCAGCGACCCUUGCAUGCGUGCCACUCUGGAGGACCUACAGGGCCACCCUGCCCUCAGUGGAACCAACUUUCCAUCUGCCCCAGGCCGCAUAUAAGACCUUAAGGUAUGUUCCUCCCAGCAGCUGUUCUUCUUACAUUCUUACAUAAUCACAUAAUCUUAGUCAUGAGAGCAUCCAUUAAGGGUCCUCAGCAGCAUUAUGUGUCUGUAAUGUCCAUUAUUUGCUCUGGAUCCUCUUAACUCUGUUUCUCUUCCUGCUGAGAUACGCUGGAGACCACCUCACCUCCAUGUACUGUUUGACUGGCUGGAUUGAUGAAAAACUGGGAGGAACCUGAACGAAAGAUAACAACA